AUGAAUAAUGCCGCUUCGUCUUCAAAUACAAGCCAACUCUGCCCUUCUGAAAUUCGACAGGUUUCUUCUACAAUCGGGCACCAUCAACAAAAACACGUUAAUAUUCCUGUAACUACUGUGAUAAGGGCAGUGCCUCAUCAACCUCGUCCUCUUCCCUCAAGUGCAAUCUCACCUUAUUCUUUAUCACAAUCAUUUUCUCUUCAACCACUUCUUCAAGGCUCAGAAUCUUUAGUACUUGAAAGUUCGGCAGUUAGAACGGGGCAUAAUCGUAUUCAUCAGAAUAUAGUUGGAACUUCAUCUUCAUAUACCUCCUCUUCUAAAAAAUGCUCCUUGGAAGGUGUUGGAUAUAUGACUACGAAUGCAAAAUUACUUCCACCUUCAACGGAACAGAGCGGAAAUGGAAUGUUACUUUUAGCAGAUCAGCAGCAAGAAAAGGAACAACAAGAACAAACAAACAGCGGACUGCAAGAACGGGAAAAAAUCCUCAACAAUGCGAAAAUAUUAAGUGGUGGAGUAUCGUUAAACAGCGCACCAGGAGAUGUGCAACCAGAGGCAAUAGUUAUUUCUGCCAAUUCUUCUCUACAAGGAGAAGAUUGCCCUUUCUGCCGUUCAUUGGACUGCGAAAUCAUGUAG